AGCUCACUUCCCUUUCCUCUGCGCCCCGGGGACCUCCGGGCCGGCGGGGGCCUGGGGACAGCCUGGUGCCCCGGUCCGUCUCGGGUACGCGCAGCCGCUCGGAGGAGGCCCCUGCGGGCCCCCACGCCGGGUUGGGGCGCACCGAGCCGCCUUGGACGCGGCCAUUCCCAGCCCGGGUCCGAGCUGUCAGCCUCUUCCAAGACCCGCACGGGCGGAGCCGGGACUCGCCGAGCUCGGGCUUCAGAUGAGAAGUUUCAGGACUUGGUCUAUGAAUUUUCUUCUGGCCCACCUCUGGGAGAGUUGGCAGGGGACACCGUGACUCCAGCCCUUUCUUGGAAAAAGGCCUGGGGCACCAGGUCCUGCUGCUUAGGUGAUCAUAUGGACACGUGUGCACCCAGCCGUUGCCGGCCUCCAGCUGCCAACUUUCUGCCUGGAUCUUUCUCCUCAUUUCUCCUGUCUCCUCAGACCGAAGCCCUUGGGGUAUGUAACAGUCAUGCCCGUGGACACACUGACUCCAGGAGCCCGGGACACCCCUGCCCUACCUUUCCGCCUGCGGACCAAGGUCCCCGGCUACCUGCUCCGGCGGCCAGCAGAUGGUGGAGCCCGGAAACCUAGUGCUGUGGAGCGCCUGGAAGCUGACAAGGCCAAGUAUGUCAAGAGCCUGCAUGUGGCCAAUACCCGCCAGGAACCUGUGCAGCCCCUGCUGUCCAAACAGCCACUCUUCAGCCCUGGGACUCGCCGCACCGUGCUCACACCUAGCCGCCGAGUCCUGCCUGGUCCCGGCCGCCGGCCCCAGCUGGACCUGGAUAUCCUUAGCAACCUCAUCGACUUGUGUGACAGUCCCGCAUCCCCAACUGAGGCCAGCCGUACCCCUGCACGGACAGAGGGAGCCCACCAGGCACCCCCAGCCACCCCUCCACGCCCGCCACCGAGUACGGCUGCUGUCCGCCGAGUGGAUGUCCGUCCCCUGCCUGCCUCACCUGCCCGGCCCUGCCCAUCACCAGGCACUGCCACUGCCUCCAGCCCAGCCCGGCCCCCAGGUUUGCAACGCUCCAAGUCGGAUUUGAGUGAGCGUUUCUCAAGGGCAGCAGCUGACCUGGAGCGAUUUUUUAACUUCUGUGGCCUAGACCCGGAGGAGGCACGGGGGUUGGGUGUGGCCCAUCUGGCACGGGCCAGCUCAGACAUCGUAUCCUUGGCUGGGCCCAGUGCUGGGCCUGGCAGCUCUGAGGGAGACUGCUCCCGCCGCAGCUCUGCCACCGUUGAGGAGCGGGCCCGGGAGCGCGUCCCUUACGGGGUGUCGGUGGUAGAGCGCAACGCCCGUGUGAUCAAGUGGCUGUACGGGUUGCGGCAAGCACGGGAUACCCCAGCAGCUGAGGGCUAGGCCUUCACUGGACUUGGCAUUUGCUACAGGACAGAUCUUAGAGGGGCAACUGGCCCCUUGACCUCUUCAGUAUCUAUUCCCUGGCUUGGGCAGACCAGAGGUUGUUACCUUGUGUGAACCUGGCAUGGGGGCAGAACUCAGAGGCUGGACCAGCAUCCAUCUGGCAAGGACUGACCUUGGAGAGAGUUGCCUCUUGACCUUGGGCCACCUUCUACCCCUCACAUGUAGGGGUUUUGACACUAGCCCUGCCUGGUUCUUCUUGUGGGUUUGGAUCCAGGGCACUCAGCCUUCUCCACUGAGAGUGAAGGACCAAAGGAUCUUACUAGGCCUGUCUACCUAGCGGUUCUGUUUCCUUCUUCCUUGGCCUCUAACCUUUGCUGACUUCCUCUUCCUUUCCCAGUGGGCCCUGGUUCCCUGGGAACUUGGCUGUGGGUGGGGGCAGGGCCGUGGCGGCCUGGCCUACCUAGAUGGGUAGACUACAGGAGGGACUAGUAGGAGUCUGUACCACUCUGACUUCCCUCCCGUUGGUUAAUAAACACAAAUGCUUGUUUUUCAA